UUAGAAUCUGUAAAGCAGAGGUGAAAUCAUACUGAGCAUCUUUCACAGCACUAUUGCACGGAAAUAGCCGGGAUAACUCAUCAAACCCGUGUUUCUUCACGUAACAAUUCCAGUCGUCUUCCUCACUCUCUAUCGCUAUACUCUCAAAUUGAACGCCAUGUCCAACCGAGCUUGUAAUUGCCUGGUCGUCGACGAGGCCGUCAACGAUGACAAUUCCGUGGUGUCCCUCCACCCGGAGACCAUGAAGAAGCUCCAGCUCUUCCGCGGUGACACCAUCCUCGUCAAGGGGAAGAUAAGGAAAGAUACUGUUUGCGUUGCACUUGCUGAUGAAACAUGCGAGGAGCCAAAGAUUAGGAUGAACAAAGUGGUGAGAUCAAACCUGAGGGUUAGACUGGGGGAUGUUGUUUCUGUGCAUCAGUGUCCUGAUGUCAAAGAUGGAAAGAGGGUUCACAUACUUCCUGUCGAUGACACCAUCGAAGGGAUUACUGGAAAUCUCUUUGAUGCAUUCUUGAAGCCUUACUUCCUGGAGGCAUAUCGUCCUGUAAGGAAAGGUGAUCUCUUCCUUGUUAGAGGAGGAAUGAGAAGUGUCGAGUUCAAGGUUAUUGAGACCGAUCCUGGCGAGUAUUGUGUUGUUGCCCCAUAUACAGAGAUCUUCUGCGGGGGAGAACCUGUGAGGAGGGAGGAUGAGAAUAGAUUAGAUGAGGUUGGUUAUGAUGAUGUCGGUGGUGUUAGGAAGCAAAUGGCGCAAAUUAGGGAGCUGGUAGAGCUGCCAUUGAGACAUCCACAGUUAUUCAAAUCAAUUGGUGUGAAACCACCGAAAGGAAUCCUGCUCUAUGGACCUCCUGGAUCUGGGAAAACCCUCAUUGCUAGGGCAGUUGCGAAUGAAACGGGUGCCUUCUUUUUCUGUAUUAAUGGACCAGAGAUCAUGUCAAAGUUGGCUGGUGAAAGUGAAAGCAAUCUCAGGAAAGCUUUCGAGGAAGCCGAGAAAAAUGCACCUUCCAUUAUCUUUAUAGAUGAGAUCGAUUCAAUUGCUCCGAAGAGAGAGAAGACUCAUGGAGAAGUCGAGAGGAGGAUUGUUUCUCAGCUGCUAACGCUCAUGGAUGGUUUGAAGUCUCGUGCCCAUGUCAUAGUUAUCGGAGCUACUAACCGACCAAACAGUAUUGACCCAGCUUUGAGAAGAUUUGGAAGAUUUGACAGGGAAAUCGAUCUUGGAGUUCCUGAUGAAGUUGGGCGCCUUGAAGUCCUCCGCAUCCAUACAAAGAACAUGAAGCUUGCUGAAGAUGUUGAUCUGGAAAGAAUUGCUAAGAACACGCAUGGCUAUGUUGGUGCUGAUCUUGCUGCUCUCUGCACUGAAGCUGCACUUCAGUGCAUCAGAGAGAAGACGAUGCAUGCCAUUGAUUUGAAAGAUGAGUCGAUAGAUGCAGAGAUACUCAACUCUAUGGCAGUAACAAAUGAGCACUUCCAAACUGCUCUUGGAGCAAGCAAACCAUCUGCUCUCCAGGAGACAGUGGCUAUAGUGCCGGAAGAGAGCCGGGAAGUUACUGAAGCUCUUGAGAGUGUUAAAAGGGAGCUUCAAAAGUUACGGUUAUUUGUGUUCUUUUGCUUUUUGUGUAUACUUCUAUCAUUUGUGAGGUCUUGAGAAUGUUAAAAUAUGUUAUGUGCAACUUUUUAUGUCGGUCGAGUGUAUUCUUGUAUAGGUAGAUUUGGGACCAUGUGCACCAUGUUCGUGUUCAGCAUGUGAUGACGAGGGGCUUGCAUGAAAUUCACUUCUUCACAUUAUGUUACGGUGCUUAGUAAAUUUUGUUUCUGAGCC